UCUGUCUGGGGAACAUGGCCGCCGGAGGAAAGCUAAGAGCCCAGAGCAGCAGCAGAGAGCAGACUCCCCUGGACCCUGCUGUGCAUGCAGCAUGAAUAGCAUACGUAACCUGUUCACAAAGAGGAAGAAGAAGAAGAAGAAGAAGGAGAAGCCAAUGCAUAGACAAAGAGACCAGCAGGAGAGAGCAGACUCUCCUGGACCCAGCUGUGUCUCCAUGAAGAGGGACCAAUCUACGCCUCAACCUCCUGAACAUAAAGAUGGACAACCCUCUAGAGAGGAGAGGAUGCAGGAGAGAGCAGACUCCCCUGGACCCAACUGUGUCUCCAUGAAGAGUGACGGGUCUAUGGGUCUACCUCCUGACCUUAAAGAUGGACGCCCCUCCAGAGAGGAGAGACAUCAGGAGAGGUCAAAGGUCACCAGUGCUCAGUCUGUACAGCAGCAUCAAACAGAGCUGGAGAUGAACCCGGUGGAACUGGCUGACACACUGUGGGGCGAAUCUGCUGCUGUCGAGUGCCAAACUAAAUUCAAGUCUCGUUUGAAGAAGAAGUUGUGGAGUUUGGAUGAGGGAAUCACACAACUAGAGCAAAGACCUCUGAAUGAGAUCUACACAGAGCUCUUCAUCACAGAGAGAGGCAGUGGAGAGGUCAACCAGGAACAUGAGGUCAGACUGAUUGAAACAGCUUCCAGGAAACCAGCCAUGAAGGAAACACCAAUCAGAUGUGGAAACAUUUUUAAACCCUUACCUGAACAAGAUAAACCAGAUAAACCAAUCAGGACAAUAUUGACAACUGGAGUGGCCGGCAUUGGUAAAACCUUCUUAACACAAAAGUUCACUCUGGAUUGGGCUGAAGGCAAAGCCAACCAUGACAUACACUUCACAUUUCUCUUAACUUUCAGAGAGCUGAAUUUACUGACAGAGAAAGAGUAUAGCUUGGUGGAACUUCUUGAUCACUUCUUUAUUGAGACCAAAGAAGCAGAAAUAUGCAGAUUCCACUGGUACCAAGUUGUCUUCAUCUUGGAUGGUCUGGAUGAGUGUCGACUUCCUCUGAACUUCCAGAACAUCCCGAUCUGGACUGAUGUCACAACAUCCACCUCUGUGGACGUGCUGCUGACAAACCUCAUCAGGGGCAACCUGCUUCCCUCCGCUCGCAUCUGGAUAACCACACGCCCUGCGGCAGCCAAUCAGAUCCCUGCUGAGUGUGUUGACAGGGUGACAGAGGUGAGGGGGUUCACCGACUCACAGAAGGAGGAGUACUUCAGGAUGAGAUUCAGAGACGAGGCAUUGGCCAAAACAAUCAUCUCACACGUCACAAAAUCACUUUGUAAUGUUAUAAUUCUUUGUGUUUAUUUAUAACCAUAUGUUAAAACACCUGGGUCUGAAUUCCCGGUAGCUCGCUCUGAAUAGAAUAAAACAUAGACCUGUUAAAAUAUAAAUAUAUCGUCACCAUAUUGAGCGGAACACAUGAGUUCACCAACAAGCAGCCGUCGAAGACACUCUGCCAAGCAUGGCGUGUAAAAAAAUACCCAAUAACUAUUCAGUACCUCCACGCCGUACACCGAAUGAGCCUUCACGGAUGGUGCAGAGGAACUCCUGCAUAUUGCUGUGUUACUGGCGCCCCCUGCUGGGGACGCUGUUGAGUUACAACAUGAACCCGGCAGAGCUGGUGGUUCCGCAGCGUCCGUCCGCAGCGCUGUCGACGAGGUAUCUAAAAGGGGGUAGAGUCACACAACAUUCAAUGAAGACCUUAGUACUGGUUCAUGUUGGACUUCAACCAGAGCACACUGAGUCCAGUUAUAAAAGAACAUAUAUGGUUUUAGGGGGGCUUAUUUAGGCCUUUAUCUCUCAAUAAAUCUUUGAUCAUCAAACAUCUCGUCUUUCAAUGCAGUUUGUGUUUUGCUUUUUUGAACCAUUUGUAGUUUACAGACAAAUAUAAUGUCUACAACCGGUUGAAGUCCAACACCGGUUGGACUUCGUGCCAGUAUAUGUACUUAUUACUCUUAUUCUCUCUUUUUAGAUCUAGUUUUCACCCUUGAGCUGCUGGAGUGUGUGUGUGUGUGUGUGUGUGUGUGUGUGUGUGUGUGUGUGUGUGUGUGUGUGUGUGUGUGUGUGUGUGUGUGUGUGUGUGUGUGUGUGUGUGUGUGUGUGUGUGUGUGUGUGUGUGUGUGUGUGUGUGUGUGUGUGUGUGUGUGUAUGUGAGACAUUCAGUGACCGCAUCGGGCUGAGAGGGAGUCAGUUCAGUUUGCCCACUUCCUCAUCUGAACCGUGUGUGUCGCAGCGAGCAGCCCUUCUUUCGCCGCUUUUAAAACCUUUCACCUGUGUAACAGGUACAAAUAGACUGCGCCUUUAAGACGAAUGACGGACACGGAAAAGGAAAGAGGCGGGAGAGAGAACCGAAAGAACGAGCGGGAAGGGGUGAGCGGAAGAUAGUGAAGGAUCCAGGUGGUUGCGUGCAGGUCUUUUUCGUUUUGUUUUAUAAGGGCUGAGUUAGGUCUGGUACGGCUUUGCGUCUACUCGGUAGCUGGGAGUGGUGCGGCGGUUUUUGGCGCUCGUUGUGGAGUGAGUCUGGACGUCGGUGGAAGCAACGGUGGAAAGAGGCUCUCCUCGUGAUUAUUACGAGGAAGGACGCUGUCCUGCGUGGUUGCCUGGAGCUGCCUUGGGACGUUUCGGGGAAAGUUUGCCCUGCCAGCCAUUGUACAUCCCGAAGUGCGAUCUCUGCUGCGGACGAGCAGCAGCAGAGAGCAGACUUCCCUGGACCCAGCUGUGUCUCCAUGGAGAGUGACCGCCCUAAAAAAGAAAAGAAGAAAGAUGGUAAUCACCAACCUUCUAAGAAAAGAAGGAGGCAGCAGAGAGCAGACUCCCCUGGACCCAGCUGUGUCUCCAUGGAGCGCUCAAAAAAGAAAAAAAAGAAUGAUGGAAAUCACCAACCUUCUAAGAAAAGACGCCAGAAGAGGUCAAAGGUUACCAGUGCUCAGUGUGUACAGCAGCAUCAAACAGAGCUGGAGAUGAACCUGGAGGAACUGGCCGACACACUGUGGGGCGCGGAGCUUCGAAGGAUCCGUUCUGAAUUUGUGAAGGGAGUUUCACGCACAGUUAUCAAAGGUCUCCUGGAUGACCUUUAUCAUCAUGAAGUGUUCAGUUCUGAGGAAAAAGAUUCUGUGAUGGAGGAGCAGAGUGGCAGAGCGGACCGAGCACGUGGUCUGAUCGACAUGGUGAUCGCUAAAGGGGAGAGAGCAAGUCAGAUGAUGAUCGAUAUUUUUAAGAAGAGGGACAAACUAUUAUGCUCCACCCUGGGUCUGAUGUCUUCUCCUGCUGGUGUGGAACAAGUCAGGAAUCAAUCUGCUGGUCAGAAUACGUCAGGCAGUAGUGGCCGGGGGAGCUUGCCCGAGUCUGAGCUGUCCGGCCCUAUGGACGGGGAGUCGUCUGUUCCACUUGACGGGCCUGGUAGCACACUAGGCAGGGGAUCUGCUGCUUUCGAGUGCCAACAUAAAAUCAAGUCUCGUUUGAAGAAGAAUUCCUGCUGUGUGUUUGAGGGAAUCCCUAAAGCAGGACGUUCAACACCUCUGAAUGAGAUCUACACAGAGCUCUACAUCACAGAGAGAGGCAGUGGAGAGGUCAACAAGGAACAUGAGGUCAGACAGAUUGAAAAAGCUUCCAGGAAACCAGCCAUGGAGGAAACACCAAUAAAAUGUGGAGACAUCUUCAAACCCUUACCUGGAAAAUAUAAACCAAUCAGGACAAUAAUGACAACUGGAGUGGCCGGCAUUGGUAAAACCAUCUUAACACAAAAGUUCACUCUGGACUGGGCUGAAGACAAAGCCAACCAAGACAUACACUUCACAUUUCUCCUCACUUUCAGAGAGCUGAAUUUACUUAAAGGGGAGGAAUUUAGCUUGGUGGAACUUCUUCAUCAUUUCUAUAUUGAGACCAAAGACGCAGGAAUCGACAGAUAUGACCCGUUCCAAGUUGUCUUCAUCUUGGAUGGACUGGAUGAGUGUCGACUUCCUCUGGACUUCCAGAACAACCCGAUCUGGACUGAUGUCACAAAGUCUACCACGAUGGACGUGCUGCUGACAAACCUCAUCCGGGGCAAACUACUUCCCGCUGCUCGCAUCUGGAUAACCACACGCCCUGCGGCAGCCAAUCAGGUCCCUGCUGAGUGUGUUGACCAGGUGACAGAGGUGAGGGGGUUCACCGACUCACAGAAGGAGGAGUACUUCAGGAAGAGAUUCAGAGAGGAGUCGCUGGCCAACACAAUCAUCUCCCACGUCAAGAAAUCACGAAGCCUCCACAUCAUGUGUCACAUCCCAGUCUUCUGUUGGAUCACUGCUACAGUUCUGGAGGACAUCGUAAAAACAUCCAAGAGAGGAGAAGAGAUGCCGAAGACCGUGACUCAGAUGUACAGCCACUUCCUGAGGGUUCAGUCCAUACAGGGGGACAGGAAGUACCAUGGGAGAUCUGAAACAGAUCCACCCUGGAGUUCAGAGAGCAGAGAGAUCAUCGCUUCUUUGGGAAAACUGGCUUUUAACCAGCUGGAGAAAGGCAACCUGAUCUUCUACGAGGAAGACCUGGCAGACUGUGGCAUUGACAUCAAAGCAGCCUCAGUGUACUCAGGAGUGUUCACCCAGAUCUUUAAAGAGGAGUUUGGGAUGUACCAGGCCAGGGUGUUCUGCUUUGUCCAUCUGAGCAUCCAGGAGUUUCUGGCUGCCCUUUAUGUCUUUCUGUCCUUCAUCAACGAUAGUGUCAAUCUGCUCUCAGAAGAACCACCCACCUCUGGGGAAGAUAAACUCUUCCUCCUCUACCAGAGGGCUGUGGACAAGGCCUUACAGAGUGAGAACGGACACCUGGACUUGUUCCUCCGCUUCCUCCUGGGCCUCUCUCUGGGGACCAAUCAGAUUGUCCUUCGAGGUCUGCUGGGACAGACAGGAACUAGCUCACUGACCAAUACAAAAACAGUGUUUUACAUCAAGGAGAAGAUAAAAGGAGAUCUCUCUUCAGAGAGACACAUCAAUCUGUUCCACUGUCUGAAUGAGCUGAACGACCGUUCUCUAGUGAAGGAGAUCGAACAGUACCUGACAUCAGGAAGCCUCUCCGGAGAAUCUCUCUCUCCUGCUCAGUGGUCAGCUCUGGCCUUCAUCCUACUGACAUCAGAAGAGGAGCUGGACGUGUUUGACCUGAAGAAAUACUCUGCUUCAGAGGAGGGUGUUCUGAGGCUGCUGCCAGUGGUCAAAGCCUCCAAAACAUCUCUGCUCAAUGACUGUCAUCUGUCAGAGAGAUGCUGUGAAGCUCUGGCCUCAGUUCUCAGCUCAGACUCCUCUAGUCUGAGAGAGCUGGAGCUGAGCUUCAAUGAUCUGCAGGACUCAGGAGUGAAGCUGCUCUCUGCUGGACUGGGGAGUCCACACUGUACACUGGAAACUCUCAGGCUCAAUGGAUGUCGUCUGUCAGAGAGAUGCUGUGAAGCUCUGGCCUCAGUUCUCAGCUCCAGCUCUAGUCUGAGAGUCCUGGACCUGAGUACCAAUGAUCUGCAGGAUUCAGGAGUGAAGCUGCUCUCUGCUGGACUGGAGAGUCCACACUGUACACUGGAAACUCUCAGGUUGUCUGGCUGCCUGGUCACACAGGAAGGCUGUGCUUCUCUGGCCUCAGCUCUGAGCUCCAACCCCUCCCAUCUGAGAGAGCUGGACCUGAGCUACAAUCACCCAGGAGACUCUGGAACUGCGCUGCUCUCUGCUGGACUGGAGGAUCCACGCUGUAGACUGGACACUCUCAGUGUGGAGCACGGGGGAGUGUGGAGGCUGAAACCAGCUCUAAAGAAGUAUGCCUGUGACCUCACACUGGACCCCAACACGGCCCACAGGCGACUCUCUCUGUCUGAGGACAACAGGAAGGUGACGCGGGUUAGAGGGGACCAGUCGUAUCCGGAUCACCCAGACAGAUUUUACUACUGGGACCAGGUGUUGUGUAGAGAGGCUCUGACUGGCCGCUGUUACUGGGAGGUAGAGAGGGAGGAGAGGAAUGGAGCUGUUUAUAUAGGAGUGACAUACAGAGGAAUCACAAGGAGAGGAGAGGGUCGUGACAGCGGGCUUGGAUUGAACAACAAGUCCUGGAGUCUUGAGUGUCGUGAUGAUCGUUACUCUGCCGUGUACAAAGGUGGAGAGACAGCCCUCCCUCUCCCCCCCGCUGGCUCCACCAGAGUAGGAGUGUAUCUGGACCGGCCUGCUGGCUCUCUGUCCUUCUACAGAGUGUCCCCAGGUGGAGGAGGGUCCUCAGACACACUGACACACAUCCACACCUUCUGCUCCUCCUUCACCCAGGAGGACCUCCUCCCGGGGUUUGUGUUCUCGGGGGUCGGCUCCUCAGUGUCUCUGUGUCAGUUAUAGUCUGUUUGUCUGUCUCUCUCUGUGUCUGUGUCUGGGGAUACAUGCAUGCAUAUAUGAACACAUGCACUUAUAUUGAACACACAAGCGUAUAAAUGAACACAUACGCGUAUAUAUGAACAUCAUGAAGUGAAGGAUGGAUCGUGAAGUGCGUCGUACGAGCAUCGUACUGUUUUCAGACCGAUUCCCGAAAGCAUCGUUGUUACCGACCGUCGUGAAAACGCUCGCAGCUAACGAGGACUCCAGGGG